UGCAUAUGUGUGAGUGUGAUAUAGAUGUGUGUAUGUGUAUGAAGCGAUGAAGACAAUAUAACCUGGAAAUGCAAAAAUUAAAAGAAAUUUAGAAGCGAUGAUUAAUCGAAUAAAAUGACGUCUAAAAGAAUUACAACGACUUUCUCUAACGAUGCUGAAUAUUAAAACGAAAAGGAAAUAAAAGUUUUACGUAAAAAUAAAGUCUGUUUCGGAGAAAAAAAGGCUGCUUGCGCAUAUAAAUUUUAUAAAAUGAAUAAUUGAUGAAAAUAUUUGUAUCUCCAAAAAGAGAGGGAUGUGCAAUCAAGUAUAAAUCAUGAAACGUAACAUACAUCGAUGACAGAAUCACGAAGAGUCAGUAUCAUCGAAGCUAGCACGCCAGGAAAAAUGACCACUAUGUGGCAUCAACAAGUCUUUGCGCUGGAUGCAAAGUAUAAUACGUCGCGAGCUAACAAGCUCCCUAGUCUAGGUAUGUUAUAUAUUCGUCGAAGAAAUCAGCUGCUUCGGGAGAAACCUUCCAGAGAUCCCGAGAUCAGCGCGAGAUACUUGAAACUGCGGUCGGAAUUAUUGCGACGACGUUACGGGGAGCGGCAACAGGAGCAAAGUAGCUUGGGAAAUCACUCGAUCAGCGAGGAUCCAUCGGAGGGCAAGCUGAAGAAGCAUCAGCUCGCGCAGCGGAGAUCAACGGCGGAGAAUUUUGCGUUCGCCGGGGUCCAUCACGUCUUCGAUCAGCACAAAACGGCUGUGACGAUGCUCAAAUUCGCCAACAACGACAGAUCCAAGCUGUGCUGCGCCUCGUUGGACGGCAGCCUGUCUAUAUGCGAGGUCAUCGGCACGCUCCCGAAGGUCAUUGCGCUGCUGGAAGGUCAUUCUGGCGGCGUGACCGCCCUCGAUUGGAGCAUCAGCAACGACCUGAUAGUCUCCUCCUCCUUGGACGCGACGAUACGUCUCUGGAGAGUGUGCCCCGACGCUGAAUCCGUUUGCCUGCGAGUGGUGAACGAUCAGCAGCGCGCAGAGGUCCUCUGCUGCAGCUUCAUACCCGCCAAUAAUAAUCUCGUCGUGGCCGGGAACUCCCAGGGACUGAUCCAGAUCUUGAACGUGUCCACCGGUAUAUAUAUGCGCGGUGGAUCCUGCAAAAUCGGUGGAAAGAUUCUCUCCCUUGCUUGCGAGGGCAGCGGCGGUUCGGUGAUUUGGGCCGGAAACGACAGGGGUGUCAUAGUGUCCUUUCGAUUGGAACCCGGUGUAGGACGGUUGACCAAGUUGCAGCGGGUACAGGAGACCGGCGGGAUGAUAACCAGCCUUUCCUGGCGCUCCUGGCUGUCCAAGGACGCUCCUUGGGCAGCUUUGUUAGUCAGCAGCGCCUGCAACGCUGUUCUGUUGUAUCGCGUCGUGGACCAUCACGGUUCUCUGUAUCUCUGGAGAAAGUAUCCUAUCAAGCAUAGGCAUUAUUCGUUGAGGUCCACUUUCUGUCCGCAAAUGGGUGCGUGUUUAAUAGCCACUGGAUCAGAAGACGGGGCCGUUCACUUGCUGGAUUCAGCGAGGGAGGGAAAGGCCGCCAGGAUCAAUCGACUGCUCGGUCACGCGACACCCGCGUUAGCCUUAGCCUUUAAUUACGACGAAUCCCUAUUGGCAUCCGCGGAUCACGACGGACAGAUUAUCUUGUGGCGCAAUCAUCAGCGUCAUUUGUAAAGCAUUCUCUUCGGGAUUUCAUUGGAGGAGAAAAAAGGAAGAACAAUUUGAUCGAGUUCUAAGGCACAAAUUAUAAUAUAAGAUUUUAAUAAGUGUUUCGAAACAUUAUUCUAUUUUUAUUCUCAUGAAAUGUAGAAAACAAAGAUAGAAUGAUGUUUUUGACCACAACCUUAAUUAUAGGUCUGUUCUUUUCACUUGUACUUUCUAGUUUAGAGUUUCUUUGGAAGGAAAGAAAUAAACUCUGGACUAGUUCAGCUGAAAAGAACAAACCUUAUGUAAAGCGUCAUGUAGGAAUGUAUAGAUUUGUCUAAAAUAUAGAAGUUUGUACAUAUCGCGGAUCUAUGUCUUAUGCUUGUGUAAAUAAAAAUGAAUAAUUAAUAUAAAAUUUGGAGAAAAUAAAAAUUUUUGGGUCGAUUUAAUAAACACAGCGCUUCUUCUUUCUGUAUAACAAUAUAUUAAUUGUUCUCUAUUUCAUUUUAUAUUAUAGUGAGCACAAAAGCAGUAUUAAUAGUAAUAAUAGUAGUGUGAUGAUAGAGCGAGAGACGUGACGAGAGUGAAUUUGUUCGUAUAACUUUCAAUAUUAUUCUGUUUCAUCGA